GAGGGUGGCGGUAGAGCACUGUUGUAGUCCGCAUCCGCCGUUAAACGACAACGAAGAAGAAACAGAGCGGAAGAGGCCUCCUGGGCGGCUGUGGCUUUCCCGACAGUCAUUGACGAUAAAACAUUUAUAUAGAUUAACAGUAAAUAGAGCAACGAACAGCUCAGAAGUCGACUUAUUUAAAAAUGCUAUAUAUAAGUUGAUUACAUAGCAUUGUGGUGCUAUCGGAAGUGAAGAUUGAAGAUGGAAACGAAAUAGAAGAUGGAGCACUGCUAUGCUAAGAUGGCGGCGUCCAGUCAAAGAGAAGGUGGGAGAGAAUCAGUGCCAUCAAUUCCCAGCAAAUCACAAACGGAGAAAAAGCCAAAUAAUAACAUUGAGCGAGGUGACAUUUCCAACGACGUCCUUUUGGAGGCUACCUUAAACACAGUAAGGAGAGAUGAUGAGAACCUGGUCGAGCAAGUCAAACAAAGACCCGCCAUGAUUGUUCGCUUGGCGAAGCCAGCGGAGUUCACAGGAUGCGAUCGACAAAAAAUGAAGAAACAGGAGGAACAAAAUAACCGUCCGUGUCAAGAGAAUGAGUCCAAAGACGAGAUUAGUAGGACUAAGAGCUCUGCAGUGUGUAAAGAGAACACUAGGCUUGCUAGGAUCUUUCCACAAAAGGAUUUGGAGGCGAGCAAUAAACUGUUGCUGAUAAUUGAACAAGCAAGAAAGGCUGGGAAACUACCCUACGUCAACGUCCAGAGGACUGGAGACGUCCAGCAGCCGAACGGUUCUCAAGAAGAACGUCCCACUGCGUUGUGCUCCACUGUGAAGGAGGAGGAUCCACAGCCGGUCCACGUUAAAAAGGAAGAGGAGGAGCCACAACCACUCCACAUUAAAGAGGAAGAGGAGGAACUCUGGAUCACUCCGGAGGGAAAGUGUCUUCUCGGGCGGCAGAAGGCAGAUCCCACCAAUCUGCCACUAACUGGUUUCUCGGUGAAGACCGAAGACCUUGAAGACAAACCACCUGAGUCCUUAAGUCGGGUGUGCACUUCCGAGGUCCAGCAGCUGAUAGGUCAGGGGAGCUCCACUUUAAAGCAGGAAGAUGGACAGUCUCCUCACAUUAAAGAGGAAGAGGAGGAACUCUGGAUCACUCAGGAGCGAGAGUGUCUUCUACGUCUCAAGAAGGCCGAUCUCACCAAAUGGCCGCUGACUGUUGUCACCGUGAAGAACGAAGACCAUGAAGACAAACCACCCGAGUCCUCACAGCUUCAUCACAUUCCAAGUGAGGAGAACAGAGGGGCGGAGCCUCCGAGCAGCAUCUCACCACAACACAUGACAACAGAAGCCGAUGGAGACCGCCGCGGAGCACCACAAACAGAAAACCUCUUAGCUCCGCUAUCAGAUAGCGACGCUGAAAACGGGGACGACACCCAAGAACCUUUGAGCAGGAUUACGGACUGGGAAGGCGGUACGAGGACUCCCACUGACAACAGCUUUGAAUGGUUUAAAAAGGAGACGGUUAAAAAACCAAUUACCUGCUCAGUUUGUGCUAAAAGCUUUUCUUAUAAGAGCCGCUUGAUUCGACACAUGUGGACACACACUGGAGAGAAACCUUUCAUUUGCUCCAUUUGUGCUAAGAGCUUUUCUUUUCAGUGUGAUUUGACUCGACACAUGCUGACGCACACAGGAGAAAAACCCUUCAGUUGCUCAUUAUGUGUGAAAAGCUUUUCUUCAAAGUGGCGUUUGACUGAACACGUGCUGACGCACACGGGAGAAAAACCUUUUGCUUGUUCUGUCUGCGGACAAAGAUUCUUCCGAAAGUCCCGAAUGGUGUCACACAUGAGAAAGCACACUGGAGAAAAAGUAGAAAAAAGUUUUCUUUGCUCGGUUUGUGCUAAAACCUUUUCCAAUAAGUGUAAUUUGACUCGACACAUGGUGACACACACGGGAGAAAAAUCCUUCUUUUGCUCAGUUUGUGGGAAAAGCUUUUCUUUCAAAGGCGAUCUGACUCGACAUAUCCUGACACACACAGGAGAAAAACCCUUUAGCUGCUCAUGUUGUGUGAAACGCUUUUCCUCGAAGGGUCAUUUGAAUCGACACAUGCGUACGCACACAGGAGAAAAACGCUUCGGCUGCUCAUGUUGUUUGAAGCGCUUUUCUUCGAGGGAUCAUUUGACUCGACACAUGCUUACGCACACAGGAGAAAAACCAUUUGAUUGUUCCGUUUGUGGUAAAAGAUUCUGUCAAAAGUCGCAAAUUGUGUCACACAUGAAAUCGCACAGCGGAGAACAACCAUUUGGUUGCUCAGUUUGCGCUGAAAGAUUUUCCUUAAAGUGUGAUUUGACACGACACAUGCUGACGCACACAAAAGAAAAAUCUUUUAGUUGCUCGGUUUGUGCGAAAAGAUUUGCUUUUAAGUGUCUUUUGACUCAACACAUGCGGACGCACACGGGAGAUAAACGCUUCAGUUGCUCCGUUUGCGGGAAAAGAUUUGCCUUUAAGUGUCUUCUGACUCAACACAUGCUGACUCACACAGGAGAGAAACCGUACAGUUGCUCGGAUUGCGCUAAAAGUUUCUACUAUAAGGGGGAUUUAAAGCGCCACAUGCUGACGCACACUGGCGAAAAACCCUUCAGUUGCUCAGUUUGUGCGAAAAGCUUCUCUUUGAACUGUCUCUUGACUCGACACAUGCUGACGCACACAGGUGAGAAACCUUUUCAGUGCUCUGUUUGCGGUAAAAGCUUUGCUUUCAAACACCAUUUGACUUAUCACAUGCCGACGCACACAGGAGUAAAACCUUUCGGGUGCUCUGUUUGCGGUCAACGGUUCCCUCGUAAGUCGCUAAUGGUAUCGCACAUGAAAAAACACACAGAAAAACCCUUUAGUUGCUCAGUUUGUGCUCAAAGGUUCUCUCAGAAGUCACACAUGGUGUCACACAUGAGAACGCACAGAAGAAAAACCUUUUAGUUGCUCAGUGCCAAAGUAUAAUACAACUGUAUAGAAAUGUAAUGAUGAAUAAUGAUGGUAGAAUGAAACAUAUAUGACUUGGUAUAUUAUUGCAAAUGUUUAGAAGACAAUGUACAUGUAUGAGGACGUCAAUAAAAAGCUGUGACUAACUUUUGAUGUAGC